UAAAGAAACGCACGCGUGUUCACAAAACGGCACUCGCACGUGCCGUUACCUUGCCACGCGCCAGGAUGCCCGACGAUGGGACGUGGUUACCGGAGUUUAUCCUAGUACGUACAAGUUCGAACAGUUCAAGAACCGCUCGCUGGCGCGCGCGGGUUGCGGCACGAGUCUGGGUCGGUGGCCACCCCAAACUUUUUGCCAUGGUACUUCACAUCCACAUUCCUGGAUCCACCUCACGACCACGUGGCCAGCGCGCUUUCCUUCCUCCCUACUCCCCGCCGCGUCGGCAUCUUGCUUGCUGCGUCCCAGGUACGAGACCACGGCCGUCCGGUUUCGAGGCUGGCGGCCAGUGCACCGUAGCAUUAACUCGUAAACCGCAGCCGGCCACAACCAGCGCGCGCGCCGCGUCGGGUAUAAAAGCCUAGUUCUAGCCCAGCUGCUGGCAAGAAUCCAUUCCCCUGUUCUCUUCCUGUCCCGUCCUGUUCAAUCUUCUUCUACACCGAGUAAGUAAGUAACGCACCCGUCUUCAAGCAAGCCCCGUCGAUGGCGAGCGCUCGAUCGCGUCUGGUCCUCCUGCUCGUCCUCUUCGCCGCAGCCUCCUCUCCGGCCUCUGCCUGCGACCGCUGCGUGCGCCGGUCCAACGCGGCGUACCGCGCCUCCUCGCCCGCCCUCGACAAUGCCGGCUCCUGCGGGUACGGCUCCCUGGCGGCGACCUUCAACGGCGGGCUCCUCGCGGCCGCGAGCCCCGCGCUGUACAGGGGGGGCGUCGGCUGCGGCGCGUGCUACAGGGUCCGGUGCACGGACGCCGAGCUCUGCAGCGCGGCGGGCACCACGGUGGUCGUGACGGACCAGGUGCGCACGGGCGCGACGAACCGCACCGACCUCGUGCUGAGCGGCGCAGCGUACGCGGCCAUGGCCAGGGGCGGCGGGGGCACGGCCGCCGCGCGGCGGUUGAGGGAGCGGCGCGCCGUGGGCGUGGAGUACAAGCGGGUGCCCUGCGAGUACGCGCGCCGGCGCAACCUGUCGGUGCGCGUGGAGGAGCGCGCGGCGGGCGGCCUGACGAUCAGGUUCCUGUACCAGGGCGGGCAGACCGACAUCGUGGCGGUGGACGUGGCGGCGGCCGGGUCGUCGGGCUGGCGGUCCAUGACGCGGGAGCGCGGCGGGCCGGCGUGGAGCACGGGCCAGGCGCCGACGGGGCCGCUGCAGCUCCGGAUGGUGGUCACCGGCGGGUACGACGGGAAGUGGGUGUGGGCCGACCGGGAGGUCCUCCCGCGGCGGUGGACCGCCGGCCGGGUGUACGACACCGGGGUGCAGAUCGCCGACGUCGCGCUGGAAGGGUGCUCCCCCUGCGACACCCGAGAGUGGAAGUGACGACAGAGACACGAAUCCCGGCCGAUUGUACAGUAGAGCUUUGCUUUUGAUCUUACUCGUGCUAAUCCCCUCCCUCCUUUCUUCUUGGAUAACGAAGCGAAAUGAAUCGGUGGAAGAGUCA